GGAGCUUAAACUUGUCUGGUGCGCGCAAGAUUCAAAGACGUUUCUUCCUUUGUAUAGUGUCUCGCGCUUUCUCUAGAAUCCUAACUAGGGUUUCAAGCUCUCGAUUGGCUUUCUCUCUGUCUUUCUCGUUUUCAGCUAGUUGAUUGUGUUUGGUCGGUUGGUUUUCGGAGAUCCGGGAAGUUAUUUGCGAGCUCGAGUAGUUGGCAAUGGGAGUGCCGGCUUUUUAUCGAUGGUUGGCUGAGAAGUAUCCGAUGGUGGUGGUGGAUGUGAUGGAGGAAGAGCCAGUGGUUAUCGAGGGCGUCAAGAUUCCGGUGGACACCAGUAAACCUAACCCCAACGACAUCGAAUACGACAAUCUGUAUCUUGACAUGAACGGGAUCAUUCACCCUUGUUUUCAUCCCGAAGAUAGGCCUUCUCCAACAACUUUUCAUGAGGUAUUCGAGUGCAUGUUUGACUACAUUGAUAGACUUUUUGUGAUGGUGCGACCUCGGAAGCUGCUUUACAUGGCAAUUGAUGGUGUUGCUCCGAGGGCAAAAAUGAAUCAACAGCGAUCCAGGCGUUUUAGAGCAGCUAAAGAUGCAGCAGAUACGGCAGCUGAAGAAGCACGACUUCGGGAGGAGUUUGAGAGAGAGGGCAGGAAGCUUCCUCCAAAAGAGAAUUCACAAGUUUUUGACUCCAAUGUUAUCACUCCUGGAACAGAAUUUAUGGCUGUUUUGUCUAUAGCACUGCAGUACUAUAUUCAUCUUAGACUAAAUAAUGAUCCUGGAUGGAAACAAAUUAAGGUGAUUCUUUCCGAUGCAAAUGUUCCUGGUGAGGGGGAACACAAAAUUAUGUCAUAUAUACGUCUUCAAAGAAAUCUUCCUGGUUACAAUCCAAAUACACGCCAUUGUCUGUAUGGUUUGGAUGCUGAUCUGAUUAUGUUGGGUUUGGCCACUCAUGAAGUUCACUUCUCAAUCCUUCGAGAGGUUGUUUUCACUCCUGGGCAGCAGGAUAAAUGCUUCCUAUGUGGUCAAAUGGGUCAUUUAGCAGCAAAUUGUGAAGGAAAGGCAAAGAGAAAGGCAGGAGAAUUUGAUGAGAAAAGCGAGGAUGGCGUUGUGGCCAAAAAGCCAUACCAGUUUCUCAACAUCUGGACUCUAAGAGAAUAUUUGGAAUAUGAAAUGAGAAUCCCUAAUACUCCUUUUGAGAUUGAUCUCGAGUGCAUCGUGGAUGAUUUUAUUUUCAUAUGCUUCUUUGUGGGCAAUGAUUUCUUACCUCAUAUGCCCACAUUGGAAAUUCGUGAGGGUGCAAUAAACUUGCUGCUCGCCGUUUACAAAAAGGAAUUUAGGGCAUUGGGAGGGUAUUUGACCGAUGGAAGCAAGCCUAAUUUGUGCAGGGUGGAGCAUUUUAUCCAGGCAGUUGGAUCAUUUGAAGAUAAAAUAUUCCAGAAAAGAGCACGAUUGCAUCAGCGACAAUCAGAAAGAAUAAAGCGUGAAAAGGCCCAAGCAAGAAGAGGAGAUGAUGCAGAGCCUCAAUUUCAACCUGAAUCUUUGGUACCAGUUGCUCGAUUUCAUGGUUCUCGGCUUGCUUUUGGUCCUUCGCCUUCACCAUAUAAGCAAACAGGAUCAAAUAGCACUUCAGAGAGCUUGAAUUUUGAACAAAAAAUUGGACAAGUACGAAUGGGUUCAUCAGACCAUACUCGAGCACACAAGGUUGCACGUUUUUCUUCUGGGGCCACUGUUGGUGCUGUAGUUGUCGAAGCAGAGAAUAUUCUUGAAAUAGAAGUUCAUGAAAACAAGGAAGAAUUGAAAGCAAAGCUUAAAGGGUUACUUCGUGAGAAGUCUGAUGCUUUUAACUCGGAAAAUCCGGAGGAAGACAAGAUUAAAUUGGGAGAACCAGGGUGGAAAGAGAGGUAUUACGAAGAGAAGUUCUAUGCAAAAACUCCAGAUGAACUUGAAAAGAUACGAAGAGAUGUUGUUUUGAAGUAUACAGAAGGACUAUGUUGGGUCAUGCAUUAUUACUAUGAAGGAGUUUGUUCUUGGCAGUGGUUUUAUCCCUAUCAUUACGCUCCCUUUGCUUCUGAUCUAAAAGAUCUCAGUGGGCUAAAUAUUAACUUUGAACUUGGCUCUCCAUUCAAACCAUUUAAUCAGCUGCUUGGAGUUUUUCCUGCUGCAAGCGCUCAUGCACUUCCCAUGAAUUAUAGGAAAUUGAUGUCUGAUCCAAAUUCACCUAUUAUUGAUUUUUAUCCAACUGAUUUUGAAGUGGAUAUGAAUGGGAAACGGUAUUCAUGGCAGGGCAUAGCAAAAUUGCCGUUUAUUGAUGAAGAGCGACUCUUAGCGGAGGUUGAGAAAAUUGAGCACACUUUAACGGAAGAGGAAGUGCGGAGGAAUAGCAUAAUGCUUGACAUGUUGUUUGUGUUAUCAUCACAUCCUCUCUCUGUAAGCAUAUAUUCUCUUGACAAUCGCAGCAAACAACUAACAGACCGAGAAAGAGCUAAUAUCAAGGAACUUAUUAAGCCUGAGUUGAGGGGUACAUGCAGCGGCGGGAUGAAUGGUUACAUAGCCCCUUGUGCUGGAGAUACCCACCCGCCUAUAUUUAGGACCCCUGUUGAGGGAAUGGAAGAUAUAAUGGACAACCAAGUCAUAUGCGCUAUAUACAGACUCCCUGAUGCUCAUAAGCACAUUACUCGGCCACCCCCUGGUGUUAAUUUCCCAAAAAAGACUGUGGAGGUGGAUGAUCUGAAACCUGAACCUGUAUUAUGGCAUGAAGAUUCUGGGAGGAAGCCGUGGGACAAUGGAAGGCAAAACCCCAAAAGAAAUUUUUCUGGUCAUCAGCUUGGGGAGGCAUCACAUCGACUUGUUACUAAUAGCUUACAGUUGAAGGGGGAUCGGGUUGGGUUUGGAAGCCAUAUGCGUGGGUCACCACCUUCUUAUGCUGCUGCCCCCUAUGUUCCUCCAGUUCCUUCCUAUUCAAAUUUCGGGUACAAUGAUCCAGGACGUCAUGCAGGGGUACCACCUCCCAGAGCAGACUAUACUCGUGGAAAUCACUACCAUUCUUCAAAUCCUAACCUUCAAAACCGCUAUGACAACGGAUAUGAACGAUCCUAUUAUUCAGGUCCGCAGACUCCUUACAACAGUAAUCAUUCUCAGUAUCAAAGAAAUAACCUUCCAGCUUCCAACAGCAGUAGAGAUCAUCAUCCAAGGAAUGCGUAUCACCCACCAGAGUUUCAUCAGAAUGAUGUAACGGGUUACCAGCCUAGGCAUGUGCCGAACAUUUCAGCUGGGAAUAGUACCUAUCCUCAUCAUCAAGGUGGCUACAGUGGCUACCAGACCCACCAAACAUCAGGAGCUGGUAAUUAUCAACAGUGGGGGAGCAGGGUGCCCCCUCAUGCUACCCAGAACUUUUCUAGAGGUCAUAGCCACCAUCACCAUCACCAUCACCAUCACCAGGGUGGAAACCAAUAUUCCACCUUAGUCAGAAGAGGGGAUCGGAGGCCGCCCGCGCCACAGUCUGGAUAUGGGCGUAAAUAAGGAGGUAUGUGUUUAUCGCUAGGUUUACUUGACCACAGAAAUGCUGUAGGGCACUCGGCUUCCGAGGAAAUGUACCAUUGCAAAAGUUUUGCUUUUGUUUCUCAUUAUUUACAGACUACAGUCUAGUUUCAGCAUAUUCCUUAUUGUUGUAUCUAUCUAAUUGGCAAACCUUGCUAAUUAUUUGCUAUAAUGCACCUCCAAUUUUGAGGAGUGAUUUGAUAAAUUGGAGCGACAUGUAUAUAUGUAAAUGAUCCUCUUCUUUUUCUCAUUAUAAAGACAGAUUUCCAAUCGAUAA